CUCGAGCAUGCGUUUUGUUACUUUUUUCUUGUCUUCAAUAAAUGCCUUUUUGGUUUUUGUUAUUUUAGUAACAAUAUGAUUGAAUGUUUAUUUCCAUGAUUAUCGUGUAUUAAUUUAUUUUAAAUUAGUCAAUUCGAGUUAAAAUCUCAACUGCUAUCUAAUUUAGUCAUGGUUUACAUCACCACUUUAAGGAGACUUCCAAAUCAGCUCUUACGUGAUAAAAGCUAUGUGAGCAGUGCUCAUCCAAAAUCGCAUAUCAAUUUAAUUAAACAUGCUAUUCCAGACUGUGAAAGUGAUGCUGAAAAAAGGUAUCGAAAAUUAUACGAAGACAAUCAAUUAUGGAAUCACUGUUAUUGGGAGGAAAACAAUACGAGAUUUCUAAAGGAAAAGGCUGAGUUCAUCGAAAGACAACGUCUUUUGAGAGGCGAUGGUUCUUUGGCAUUCUCGCAAGAAGAUUUAAUGCCAUUCUACAAAGAAUUUUUAGAUAAGAAUUAUAAUAAACACAUAUCUUACAACAGAGAAUGGUAUCGACGGCAGUUCCGACUUCUUUUGCCUGCCUUAGCAGCUUUUAUUGCUUCUAAAAGAAGAUCUCUGAGAAAAUCUUUCUCGUAGUUGGUUUGAAUACAGCAUCACCCCCAACAGAGUUCAAUGGCUGGAUUCAAAUAUUCAAUGCGCUCCAAUAUUUAAUGUUUAUAAUAGUGUAAUCAUUUUUGAUAAUUUGUAAUUACUCUAAAUUGACCUUUGAAAUGUUAAAUAGUAAAAUAGUUUAUUUAAGACAAGACCGUUUUAGAAAUAAACCAAGCAUAGCUUGAAUUUGUUAUUGUUU